AUGCGGAGAAUCUCUCUUGCUGGUGAGACGUUCUCCUCUCACUGGUUUCAUUCGCGACCGGCCGGGCCGGAGCAAUGCUUCUACAACCACCAGAACCUCCUGGUUCCCGGUCUUACCGGUCACAGACAAAUCUCAUCCUCUACUCGAUCACACAUCCGUCAAUUAGGUGGCCCUCAGCCCCGCAAGAGGUGUCAGCCUCAACGACGCAACUCUUUCCACGAGUUUACUACAACAGGCAGACAUUCCAGCGCCAACGCGACACGUCCGGAGUGGAUUGAGACAGAACGCCAUCAACACGCCGCGGUCCGUCCAACCUGGGAUUCACCGGAGGCGGAAGCAGAAUACGCAAACAAGUUCUUCCAAGUGCUUCAAGAUGGCCAGCCAGACCAAGUGAUGACAGCAAUGACUGACCCACGGUCGGCGGGUCUGGUCGGUUCCUUACACCAGAACAUUUUCCUCGAGGCUCUCCACCGACUGUCCCCCACCUAUUUUGUGGAGCCUUUCCGCAAUCUCCACCAUCCCCUACACUCCUGGUCCACUCUAUUAAACGGUGUGAAGCGGAUAGAAGAGGUCUUUGAUGGUUUUGUUAAAAAUCUCCUCACGAUUACCAGCUAUCGAACAUCCGGAGGCUACUCCUUAGACCUCGCGGAAUUCACACACCUCUUGGACUGCGCGCGGUCCAUGGGGAAUGGGCCGCUUGCAAAUGAUAUUUGGAGAUCCAUGAAGGACAGUGGUGUCAUUCCAGACGGGCGAUGCUACAACCAUUACAUGGAAGCGCUCGUCUGGGACCACUGUUAUACUGGCCAAGAAGCAUAUCGGCUGCGAGCUCUUCCUCGUAGCUACUACAAGCGGCGCCAGGUGACGGAUCGCAAUAUUGGUUGGCAAGGGUAUGGUACCGGCCAACAGAGUGUGCGAAAAACGGUGAUGAAUCUGUUUCGCGAAAUGCUCGAUAACGGGCAUCCCGCCGAUGAACGCAGCUACAUCAACGUCAUGCUUGCAUCUGCUCGCGUUGGUCAUGGCCCGGGCAUUAGGCACGUUUUGUCGACUGUCUGGAAUAUCCAAGUGGAUGUUCUCAAACAAGAGCCAGAUAACUCAAAAAUACCGGCGCCGACGCCGUAUGAGCCAUGGUCUGCGCUUUAUCCAACCGAGAAUCUGCUCUUUGCGAUUGCCCAUGGUUUCGGUACCAACAAUGAUAUUCCUGGCGCUGUCCGGACCAUCGAGUUCAUCUCCGCCUCUUACAAUAUCCCAAUUCCGCAUCGAAUCUGGCACGAAUUAUUCGAACGGGCGUACGUGCAGUGCAGAAUCAGAACCACGCAGACCGAGGACGAACAACAGGCCAAUGCCGUGGGACCGGUUUCGAUGCAGCUGGUACAAUCAAUAUUCGAAACAAUGACUUCCGAGCCUUUCAACGUCCAGCCAACUGUACAAAUGCGGCGCUUCAUGAUUAACAUCGGCAUCGACAUGGGCUCUUUGGAAGACUGCAAGACCCACCUAGAUGAAGCAUACAAAUUCCUGAGCGAAACCCGACAAAAGGAGGAGAAAGCACGCGCCCUCGUACUCAGAUGUCUAGUGCCACUUCUCGAAACCAGCCAGAAACAGAUGCGACAGGGAUCUCCUUGUGACCCGUCGCUCUUCCAAUCACCCAUCCUCGCCGAAGCAAUCCAAUCCUAUGACAUCCUCCGUCUAGAAGUCUACCAACAAGUAUACCUCCUCCGGCGCGCAUUAUGGGUAACCGUCCGAGUCCCCCACUGGAAAGACACACCCGACAAGGACUGGUUCUAUCAAGAACGCCCUAGGAUGCUAGAAGAGUGGUGUGACUUCCUUCCGGCCCGGAAACGCAUCUUCUACGACGAAAACACCGGGUCCGUGGAUAUGCAAGGGCGCACGGGGUUCAAAGACCGGCACUGGUGUGGCGACUUGCAUAUCCCCGUCCGACGAAUGAAUGAUCAUCAAACGUUGUUCCACCCCAUUGAGCACGUCGCCUGGACCCAGGACGGGAAAUGGAAUGACCUGUUGAAUCGGUAUCCGUGGCUGGAUACGAAGCUCGCGCCACUGGAUCGGCUUUUCAAUUUCCAGCGGCCUAAUUCACCCGAGUUUUUGGACAUGCUGGAGAAGUUGCGCGGUAAUUGGGUCGAGUAUCCUGAGGAGCAUCCGCAGUCUACGGCGAGUAAUCCUCAUGGGGGAUUUUUUGGAAGGCUUGCUGCAUUGGGGUUGCUGAAGUCUAACGAGCGGGGAAUCUUCCUCUUGGAUGACAAGUCCUGGAUUUGA